AUGGAGCCGCCGAGCCUGUUGCCGCAUGUGGACGAGCUCGUGAUGGAAUAUCUGCUGUUCCGGGGUUUUACUAAGAGCUUUCAAGUGUUCAGCGCCGAACGCAAGCGCGACCGCUCCCGGGGCUUUGACGUAGAGCAGAUCAUCUCACAGCUGCUGGUAGCUGUGCAAACUUAUCAGAUAGAAACAGUGCUGGAGACGUGGAAGUUCUUCACUGCCAGAUUCUUCAACCAUCUAGACGCUUCCUACGCCUCCACACUGCACCAGCUAGAGACGUCACUGCUGAGACUUUACGUGGUCAACGCAGUCAAAUCUGGACACCGAGAGAAGGCAGCAGAGUUUUUCCAGCUCCACGCGGACAAGUUAAACGCCUCAGCGGCUGCUCAAGGGGCUGGGACGGACUCGUGGAGUCGCUGGUUCAUCUUGCCGUACAUCGAACGCCCCGAAAGCGACGCAUACUUUCAGGUUUUCUUCAGCCAGGCCUGGCUCGAGGCUUUCGUGACGUCGUUCCGCAACUUCCUGUCGCUGGUGUUCCGGAGUUUGCCGUUGCCGAAGCUUCUGGCCUUUCAAUUGGCUCGACUGGAGGAGCCGACACUGAAAGUGAGACUGAAGGUGAGUCAGUCCGAAGCGACGAGGCUGAGACUGUACAACAGCGAAGCGACGGCGAAGAUCAACAAGUUGGAGGAGGCAGGACGACAACUGCACUCGAUCCUUCGCCUGAUGGUGCAGCACAACCUCAUGGAGCAUUUCUCGGCGUCUACUCCUAGUUACGUGGACGUGUCGAGUGACCGGAACAAGAACAGAAGUCGCAGUCGCAGCUACGGCGCCGUGACAGCGAGUAUCGGGCUGUCACUCAAGCAGAUGAAGGAGAUUGGGGAGCUCUUUGGGAUCAGCAGUGACCAGAGCCCGCAUGUGGAUCCUGCUUCUGCCGUGGACCCGCGAGAUAUGCCGAGAGUAGCAGAAGUUUAUCUCCCUGUUGAUGAGUUGAGUGAUGACGAGGAACUGGGCGGAGAUGAGGAGGAGGAUGAAGUGGAGGAAGACUCGGUGGGUGCGCGAGUGGAUGGUGGAGCUUGUAGCGAGAUUCAGGCCUCUCUGAUCCGUGAAUUCAACAUGCUCAACGACUGGGAACCCACAAAGUCUGCGAUGACUGCAAGGAGCCGCUUCUCUUCGGACGGACAGUUUCUUGCCAUCGCCAAACUGGGCAACAACCACAUCGACAUUUGGUCUGCGAACCCGGUAGCGCUGUCCCCGUCGUCUACGAUUACGCUCCCGUCAAGGCUGAUAAGUCUGAACUGGCUUGGCCCAGGCCCCAGCAAACAGCUCCUCGCCUGUACACUGGACAACGGAGAGACGAUUUUGUGGGAUUCCGACGGUCAGGAAGUCGCCACGUGUCCUCCGACCGAAGAAAACUUGCAGAUACAGCAGCUCAUGUGUGCUCGAGAAGCGCCGAUUGCUGCCUGUCUGUUCACUAGUCGGGACGAAGAGGACAACGCGCUUCAACAGAUCCUAGUCCUGCAUGGGGGCAUGGAGGAGCCAAUGCAGUAUUACUUUCCAAUGGAAGACAAACAGUUGACCUGCUUAGCGUGGAGCAAUGUGGGGAACGUGCUGAUUACUGGGAGUCGAACGGGCGAUAUCGAGUUCAUCGACGUGAUUCGUCCAGAGCGGAUACACCGAUGCAAUCUCGUCUCCUGCAGCGGCUCGGCACGCAUCGAUGGCGGUAGCUUGGCGGCGAUUUGUUUAUCUCCAGACGGACAAUCGAUGCUGAGUGUGCAUGAGAAUGGGACUGUGGUGAUGGAGUGGUCUGUCGCGUUGAUUCUGAUUGCUGUGGCGUCUCCAAGCGAUGCAGCUAGCGACGUUAGAGGAAGCGUAAUAGACGUCAAGCCGACCCUGACACGUACGUACAAGAUGGACAGGCCGUUGGCGUCCACCGACGUGGAUGUAGACACUACGAUCCGCUUCCUCGGAGCUGCCGACUACUUUGUGGUGGCCGAUGCUACUACUCUCCACAUCUUUAAGCAUGGUGAGAAGCGUGCUAUCUCGACUUUCAUCCCGAAUCAAACCACCGUGGCAGAUCUGGACUGGCAUCCGAAGCUGGCGGUGUGUUGCUCAGCUAAUCAGGAUGGAGCCAUUUCGCUGUGGAGUAUGAAGGCAAAAUAA